AUGGUAAGCCCCAUUCCGGAUCAACAACUCGGCUGCAGCAAAGACCGCCUGCACAUUAAUCUAUUAAUAUCCUCACACCUGACUAUAAAUUCUCAACUGAUUAAUAUCGAGAGCCUCGUCGUCUACCAUUUACACUCGACCCCUUUCUACUUUUGUGACGGAGACUCACCCGAGAUGGUCAAUUUCUCAUUUACAGUAGCGCUCUUGUUCUCGACGGUGAGCUGGGCAUCGACGCAAGCUGUGCCUGAACCCGCGGCCGUCCAAAAUGUGCCGUCCGCAGCGCAUUGCAGAAAUAUCCCAGGAGACGCGGCAUGGCCCCCGGCGCAGGCCUGGUCCAGACUCAACAGCACCGUCAACGGCGGCCUGAUGGCGACCGUGCCUCUUGGCUCCGUCUGCCACGACCCCGACUACGACGCGGCCAAGUGCAGGGCGUUGGCUGAUGGCUGGGGUCUCGCCCAGCUCGUGUACGCAUUCCGGCCCAAGAAUGAGUUCAUGUCCUUGUACUUCCAAAACAAUACCUGCACGCCCUUUUCGCCGCGGUCCGCGAAGUGCGACCUGGGCAACUAUGUGUCCUACUCAAUCGACGUGCGAUCCGUCGACGACGUCAGGGCGGGACUCGAGUUUGUCCAGCGCCACAAUAUCCGUUUGGUGAUUAAGAACUCUGGGCAUGACUUCAACGGUCAGAGCACGGGCAAAGGAGCACUAGCCUUGUGGAUGCACAAUUACAACAAGACGAGGCUUAUUAAAGAGUUUGCCUCUUCAUAUUACAAUGGUCCUGCCCUUGAAGUGCAAACUGGUGCAGAAGGUGGUGUAGCCGCCGCGUACGCCAAUGACCAUGGCUACACGGUCGUAUCCGGCGCAUGCCCAACUAUAAAAAUGGCAGGAGGAUACCUUGCCGGCGGCGGCCACGGUUACUUGAACGGCGUGUACGGCUUCGCGGCCGACAACGUGCUGGCGUGGGACGUUGUCCUUGCAGACGGCUCCCGCGUCGUGGCCACGCCGACCCGCCACCGCGACCUAUACUGGGCGCUGUCCGGCGGCGGCGGGGGCGCGUUCGGCGUCGUGCUCUCGGCCACGGUGCGCGUGUUCCGCAACGAAGUCGCCGCCAACGCCGCCUUUUCCUUCUCGGCGGCGCAAGCCGGCGGCGCCGCGCCGUACUGGCGCUCCGUCGCCGCGUUCCAGCAGCAGCUCACGCCGCUGCUCGACCACGGCGCCGUGGCCGAGUACCAGCUGAGCGACGGCGGGCUGGUCGUGAGCGGCAUCAUGGUGCCCGGCCAAACGAGCGACGCGCUGCGGGCGCUGCUCCGGCCGCUGGUCAGGGGCCUCGAGCGCGCGUCCGGCUUGCGUCUGACGGAAGCUGCGCUGGCCAUCAAGUACGCGCAGGCCGACAGCUACUAUGCGCUGUACCGGGAGCAGAUCCUGCCCCGGCUUGGCGACUUGGUGCUUCCGGCCACGCUGGCCGGCCGGCUCGUUCCGCGAACGGCCAUGGACCAGAACCCCGCCAGCGUCCAUAGGGCGCUUCGUGACAUCGCCGGCAGAGGCUACUCCUUGGUCGUCAUCGCGCUCAACGCCGUCAGCGCGGUGCGCAACCAGACGGCGCCGCCGAUUGCGCCGAACGCGGUGCAGCCCAAUUUCGUCCACGCGCACAGCUCCUUCAUGAUCAACCCCGGCUGGUCCAACGCGCUGCCGUGGUCCGAGGCCCAAGUCCUGCAAGAUGAGCUGGUCAACGAGAUCCUGCCGUUGUACGACGCUGCCGUCCCGGAUGCGGGCGUGUACAAGAAUGAGGCAAACUGGGCGGAAAAGGAUCUGAAGAACUCCCUUUACGCCGGAACGUAUCAGCGGUUGGAGAAAAUCAAGAAAGAGGUAGACCCAGCCGGACUUUUCUACGGCAUUGUGUCCGUCGGCUUCGACCAGUUCCAAUUGGACGGCAGCGGUCGCCUCUGCAAAAAGUAG